AUGGUCGCCAUCCCCAAGACUGCAGCAGACAAUGCACAGGCGGGUCCAAAGACGAUGAUUGCCGCCGCCGCCGCCGCCGCCGCUGCUGCUGCUGAUGCUGACGCCGUCGCUGGAUCCAGCACCGGAUUUGGAUCCGGAUCCCAAUCCUCUGCCAUGACCACGUACUACCCCCCACCUGGUCGUCGCAGCGAUGGCAACAGCGACAACGACAACGACAACGACAACGACAAUGUCAACGAGACUCGUGUUUCUGCCUCUUCUUCUUCUGGCCAUGACCUCGAAAUCACCCAGGCCCUCACCUUGUUCCUCGAGCACAGAGCAGCUGCAGCCACCACCAGCAACCCAACCGUGUCCAAGGUCGAGUCCCUGUGUGUCCCGCUCCAGCCAGAGCAUUUCCGACAGCUUCAGGAACUUGAAUACUGCAACCCCGAGGUAGCCUCGAUCUGUAGCCACAUUCGCUACAAUUACGAUUCGAAGCCCGGUCUCCUUUCGAUCAAAGAAGCCAUGCCUACCCCGCUGCACGAUGGCACCAUCGUCGAACUGGGCCGUCUCGUCCAGAAGCUGCUUGACUACAUCACAGCGCAGGGCGGCCCUGCUGGCGACUUUGCGGGCCGCAUCGAGCCGGAAAGCAGCACCGACGUCGAUAUCGAGCGCCGCCGCCGCCGCGACGACAAUGAGAACAACAACGAUAAUGCCGCUGAGGUCUUCACUGUCUUGCGCAUCCAGCCCGACGAGCAGUUCCGACACGAGCGCGCCAUGCUCCCCGGCCUUGUCAUCGAGGUCUCGGUGACGCAGAAGUGGGAUGACGUCCGCACCAAGGCCGAGAGGCUCCUGUCCAAGGCCAAGGGUAUGAUUGCUGCCGUCAUCAACGUGGACUUCCCCGACUACCUCCACUCCAAGGAGGCGACCUUGACCGUCUGGCGGCACGCCGCUCGUGACCCAAAGGGUGGAUGGUAUCCACGGGUCGAGCAGGAGAUCCUGUCCUCGGAUGGCAAGCCCGCCGCCGCCCUUGCCGGCAAGCCCGCGGUUUCCAUCCCCCUCGGCGACUUUGCCCCCAGCCUCUACGGCGGCGACGAGGGCACCGACAACGACAACAACAUUAUGGCGGAGGUGGCGCUGUCGCUGUCGUUGGACGAGAUUGCGCGCGCCGUAGCUGAGGCUCAGCACCGGGCCGAUAUCAAGGCCGACCUCAAGAAGCACCAUAGCGUCGCCUAUGUCUCAGACAGCGACGGCUCGGAUGGAUCUUAUUCGGACUAUUAUUAG